AUGCGACUCUUCGUGCUCAAAGACCCAGUUCAUCAGAUUGGGGUCAUCGCGCGCGAGGGUUUCGCGCUUUUUAAUCGGAUUGCCGGUGCCGUCUUCCGCCGCGUCUUCGUCGCCGUCUAUGACAAUGAAUCCGUACGGAUCGUCACCGACGUCCGUCUCGUCGGGCCCAUAGGGGUCGCGAUUGUUGUUGCCGUAUUUGUCCGUAUACCGCUAGGCGACCUCUUCGCCAAUGGGAUUGGCGAAUAUCUUCUUCAAAUCGAACGGAAGAUCACGAUCUGGAUUCGGGUCAGCAUAGCCGAUGCUGGAGGCCUGGGUACGCCUAAUCGCAAGGACCUCGUUUCCCAGCCGAUCGGUUUGGCAGCUUGGCCUUAG